CAGUUGAACCUUCGGUUGGGUUACAUCACCAUCGGGAGCCAAUAGGAGGGACUUGUGUCUCCUCUAGAGGACCCCCUUUUCUCACAGUGUAUUUAUAUAACACUCUCUUGUGCCAGUCUCGAAAGGUUUUUCUGUGAAUAAUUUUCCAUCCGGUGCUGUUGUUCUUUCACCCAAUUGUGGACACUCUAGUUGGCACCGUAGUUUUUGAGAAAUUGUGCGGCUCCAACUGCCGAGACACCAUUGCGGCAGCGUAUUGAAUUGUGCAGUGCCCGGAAGAAAUUGGUGGAACAUCAAAUUGAGGUCAAAUUGAACGAAUCAACCGACCGGCUUCUCAUCGAACUUUAUAUAUUAAUUUCAACUCCAUUUCCAAUCGAACAGCACUAAUGGAGGGAAAAUUGGACAGCACUUUUUCAUUUAUGUUCCUCCUGCACUUUCUGCUCUCCACCGUGUGCGUUGUGGCGUCGAGCUACGGGGGUGGGAACAGUACAGCACCACUUAUAUCACAAACAUCAACGGAAUCCGUGUCGACAACUGUUCAGCAGCAUCACACAACGUCCCACUACGACACCCACCAGCCGGCAGUGAUAGGCGUCGGGGGAAUACCGGUGUCCGGCCUCACGAGCGUGUCGCCGGCCACGACGGCGGACGGCCAGGGCUACUCCAUGGCUUCCGCCGGCACGCCUUCUACAGCGUCCUCAGCCACCACCAAUCAGGACUUCGGCGAUGCCCAGCUUCCCGAGCAACCCGCGCUCACCGACGAUCACCAGAUAAUGGGCUCAAGUGGGCCCAAUCAGCAGGAAUCGGCCGGCAUCGCCAAGGCUCUGGAUUGGCUGAAGGAGAAGCGAGAGCACGACUUCGGCUGGGGAAACGACACCCACAUGGUCAUCCUGGCGAAGGAGCUCUCCGGCGGCCGAGAUCCCACGGACUCCGACAACCACGUGCAGAUGAUAGCCGAUCUGGAGGAGCUUCUGUCCGUGAAGCAGAUGGAGAUCGAAAUCCUCACCAUGCUGAACCACCACAACUCCCUUCCGAUGCCCGUGAAUGCCGACAAGCUGGCGCGUUACGUGCUUGCUCUGGGAUCACUGUGCAAGGACCCCAAGAGGUUCCACACUCACGAUCUCGUGGCGAAUCUGCUGCGCCACGAACCGGCCCAGGAUCAGGAAUUCGCUCUGGUGACACUGGCGGCGUGUAGCUCAGCCGCUCACGUGCGGAAGAGGCAAAUCCGGCGACUGUUGGACAUUGCCAGUGGCGGAACCGACCAGAGUGUUGACACUGUGGCCAUGGUACUUUUGGCUCUGCGCUGCAUCGUCACAGACCAUCGCCAUCGGCACUUGCAGCACUUUGUACGACGACCAGCUCGAGGUUUGGCGAGCCUUCAAGGUCCGCGCGGCAGUUUCGGCUCGCUGCGGAGCACAGCUCUCGCCAUGCAGGCUCUCCAGGACUUGGAGCCCGACCCGGCCGGCAAGUGGAGUCGCUCCGCCGCCUCCAAGUGGAUCCUCGAGCGCCAGAGGUCCGACGGCGGCUGGACGGAGGAGCCGCUGCAGGAUGGCCAGGAUCCCAAUGUGGGCGUGGGACUCACGGCGGACAUUAUCCUGGCGCUGGGCUGGAAGGGACUAGGCGCCGUGAGGAUACUGCAGUGCGAUCACGUGAUCAGGGAGAUGAACGGCAACGGAGAGAAUGGCGAGAACGGAGAGAGCAAGAUUGCUACUCUGCUGGGCGUUCCCGGAACAUCAGUGGAGGAGUCUGAGGUGAAGAAUGUGUCUUACACGUACACGCUGUGGGUGGGAUCGAAUGUGACGGAUACGUUCUCCCUGUCCCUCGUCUCGUCCAAGAACACCAGCUUCUUCCGGGCCAUGACCCAGGCGGCCGAGUUGGACUCACGAUUCGCCUUCGAGGCCCGUGAGUGGCCAAACGGACACUAUGUGCACACCCUGGCUGGCCUAAAGGAGGAACCGAGAGGAUACAACUACUGGCUACUCUAUCGUCUUCCUGAACUUCCUGAUCCCGCCAAUCCACCUGGGAACCAGCUCAUCGCGCCAGUGGGUGUCGACGAGUUAAUCGUCGAGGAGGGCGAGCAUUACCUCUAUUGGUAUAAAAAAUUAUAAAUUGAUUCCACCCAGAGCUGGGCAGCCACUCAGUUGGACACAUUCACCUCUUAUUUCGCUCCUCGACAGUAUUUUAUCGCCUGAGUUGAUUGAGUCAUGGACCCACCAGAAAAUGCUUAAAAAAAAAGAGUUUGAAACAAAUAAGCCACAGAGAGAAACAAGCAAGAAAAUUACCAUUUUAACAUUUUAUUGAUAACCACAAAAGGUAUAUUCGUACAAACAGAAAAGAUAUGCAAAGAAUUGGGAAGAGAGUAUUUUUGUAAAAACAUUUUCCGAUGUCGGAAUGAACAAUGUAUGAUCGGAAUAAAAAUCAAUAGAACGGAGAUGGGAAAAAAGUUAUGUAAAACGUGUAAAACGCAUGUGAAUUAAAAUAUCCAUUAAUUAUUAAGGUCAUUUAACCUACAUUAACCAACAUGCAUUAAAAUAUUGCUUUUGGUGGUUUUUCCGUUUCCCAAAAAGCUCUCUCCAUCAAUUUGCACAGUCGUGACACAAAAAAAGUGAACAAGAUGAAAGCAUGAAAAAUUACUGUAGAAAAUUCGAGGAAGAAAAAAAAGCAAAGUUGUAUCUUUAAUUAAUUCGAGAGUGAUUGAGGGGAUGAUUUUGCAGAUUAAACCUAGAAUUACGGCAUUAGAUAAAAUGGGUGACAAGGGCGGCGUUUUUAGACAUGAAAAUGAGUGCGUUUUUUUCGCGGUUAGAGGAAAUUUAUUAAGGGUACAACUGAAAUAUGAAUAAAUAAAAAGUAUGUGAUGAAAGUAAUAUAAACAAUAAAUUACCUAAAAUAUUAAAGGAAAGACAACAUAAAUGCGUGAAUGAUAAUAAUAGGUAAUUGAUGACUUUAAUAUUAUUGAUUACUAAGCAUAACAAGUAGAGAAAAAAAAUGGAAAGAUAGCUAUUAAAAUCUCGAUGAAGGUCGAUUUUCAUCCUCCCACGGAUGAAGAUCAUCUCCACCUUCGAUAGUAUUGUAAUAUCAGAUUCUUGUAUGUGACAUUAUUGAAAAUGAAAAUGAAUAUUGAAAUAUUACUCAAUACACAUAUUAAUGGCUUUUCCAAGUAAAUUAAUAAUAUACUAAAAGAUAAAAGUAAUGGAUAAAUAAAGGAAAGAAAAAUACACCAAGUUGAACAAGACAUUUUCAAAAAUUAUUCACCAUGAGUGGAAGCAAUAUUACUCAUACCUACCUUAUCAAGAGUAUUUGAAUAAAAAAUGAAUAAAAUCCCUUUCAGC